CAGGAAGUUGCACAUUUGAUGAGGGCUUCUCUCAGUGUGAUUACCAACAGGAUCCUUACGAUGAUUUUGACUGGACGCACAUCAACACCCAAGAGGAGCCGUAUGUCUCACCAGAUCUGCCACAAGGUUCCUACAUAUAUGUUGAUGUAUCUCAGUAUGACGUUGGAGAGAAGGCCAGGUUUCAGCUGCCAGUCAUGAAGGAGAAUGAUACUCACUGUAUUGACUUCAACUAUAUGCUCACCAGCCCUGAUGGCUCCAGCCCCGGUACACUCAACGUCUUGGUGAAGGUAAACAAGGGUCCUUUGGCAAACCCCAUAUGGAACGUGACUACUUAUACUGGUAAAGAUUGGCUGAAAGCUGAACUUGCCGUGUCUACCUUCUGGCCUAAUGAAUAUCAGGUUAUAUUUGAAGCAGAAGUUUCGGACAGCAAAGCCGGCUUCAUUGCCAUAGAUGACAUUCAGGUGCUCAGCUACCCAUGCGAUAAAUCUCCUCAUUUUCUGCGCCUUGGAGACGUGGAAGUGAAUGCUGGACAAAAUGCCACUUUUCAGUGUAUUGCUACAGGAAGAGACACCUCCAACAAUAAACUGUGGUUACAGAGGAGGAAUGGUGAAGAUAUUCCCGUGGCUCUGACCAAAAACAUCAACCACAGACGGUUCGCUGCCUCUUUCCAUCUCAAAGAAGUCACUAAUCAGGAUCAAGAUCUGUAUCGCUGUGUCACCCAGUCAGAGCGUGGCUCUGGGGUGUCUAACUUUGCAGGUCUUAUCGUCAGAGAGCCACCACAUCCCAUUGCCCCUCCUCAGCUGCUGGGUGUUGGCCCGACAUACCUUCUAAUUCAACUCAACGCUAAUUCUAUCUUCGGGGAUGGACCUAUCAUAUUGAAAGAGGUUGAGUACCGUAUGACAUCAGGCAGCUGGAUUGAGACUCACGCCGUGAAUUCUCCCAACUACAAGCUAUGGCACCUGGACCCGGACACAGAGUAUGAGAUCAGGGUGUUACUGACCAGACCAGGAGAGGGAGGGACAGGGAAAGCUGGACCACCACUGAUCACCAGAACCAAAUGUGCAGAGCCAAUGAGGACUCCUAAGAGACUGAAGAUUGCAGAGACCAGGUCUCGAUUGAUUGCAGUCGACUGGGAAUCUCUGGGUUACAACAUCACUCGCUGCCACACUUUUAACGUAACCAUCUGUUACCACUACAUGACUGCAAACAACCGCAGCAAAGCUGACUGCUUGGACAUGGAUCCUAAAGCACCACGCCACCUGGUGGGAAACCUACCACCUUACACUAAUGUCAGUCUGAAGAUGAUUCUGACCAACCCAGAGGGACGGAAAGAGAGCGAUGAGACCAUUAUACAAACUGAUGAAGAUGUUCCAGGUCCAGUUCCCAGUCAGUCACUCAGAGCCACUCCAUCUGAAGAGACAAUCAGUCUUUAUUGGAAGGAACCAGCAGAGCCCAAUGGAGUCAUCAUACAAUAUGAGAUUAGCUACAGUGGCAUACGCUCAUUUGACCCUUCAGUUCCACUGCAACGACCAGGACUUACUGUGUCUCUGCCUUCAAAUGCCACGCACCACAUGUUUUCCCAGCUCCACCCGGGUGUCACAUACCAGCUCUCUAUACGUGCAUCUACCUCCAAGGGGUUUGGCUCUGCGGCCACACUUAAUGUGACUACUAAUAUUUCAGCUCCAACAAUAGAGGAGUAUGAUGUGUCAGAGGCUUUUCUGAAUGAAACUGCAACAACCAUCACUGUCCUGCUCAAACCUGCUCAGGCUAAAGGAGCACCUAUAAGUGCAUACCAGAUCGUGGUGGAGGAAGUGAAUCCUCAGCGGACACGUCGCCAGGCCUCCUCUGACUGUUAUGAGGUUCCGGUUUCCUACCAUAGUGCAUCUAGUGGUGGAUCUCCAUAUUAUUAUGCUGCCCAGCUUUCCCCCAGUAACCUCCCCGAACCUCUACCCUUUACUGUGGGAGACAAUAAGACAUAUCAGGGUUUUUGGAAUCCUCCAUUAGCUCCAAGGAAAAACUACAACAUCUACCUUCAAGCUGUUAGCAGCACAGAGAGGGAAACUAAGACGCAGUGUCUGAGACUGGCAGCUAAACGUGCUACAGAAGAGCCUGAAGUCAUCCCUGACCCUGCCAAACAGACAGAUCGUGUGGUGAAAAUAGCGGGAAUUAGUGCUGGUGUUCUUGUUUUUAUACUCCUGGUGCUGGUAGCCAUCCUGUUGGUCAAGAAGAGGAAACUGGCUAAAAAACGUAAAGACGCCAUUGGAACAACAAGGCAGGAAAUGACACACAUGGUGAAUGCAAUGGAUCGCAGCUAUGCUGACCAGAGCACUCUGCACGGAGAAGAUCCCAUGGCCGUGACAUUCAUGGACUCUCACAACUACAAUAACAGAUUGCCCAAUGAUCCUCUGGUUCCUACUGCAGUAUUAGUUCCAAUCACAGAUGAGAAUCACAGUGGCUCCGCAGCGGAGAACAGUCGGCUUCUGGAUGUUCCUCGCUAUCACUGUGAGGGCACUGAGUCCCCUUAUCAGACAGGGCAGCUGCAUCCUGCCAUCAGAGUGGCUGACCUCCUACAACACAUCAACCUAAUGAAGACAUCUGACAGCUAUGGCUUCAAGGAAGAAUAUGAAUUGGUGAUACAGAGCUUCUUCGAGGGCCAGUCGGCCUCCUGGGAUGUGGCCAAGAAAGAGCAGAACCGUACCAAAAACCGCUACGGCAACAUAAUAGCAUAUGAUCAUUCCAGAGUUAUACUGCAGCCCAUUGAGGACGAUCCAUCCUCUGACUACAUCAACGCCAACUACAUCGAUAUUUGGCUGUACAGGGAUGGAUAUCAGAGACCAAGUCACUACAUUGCUACCCAGGGUCCUGUUCAUGAGACGGUGUACGAUUUCUGGAGGAUGGUGUGGCAGGAACAGUCUGCCUGCAUUGUCAUGGUCACCAAUCUGGUGGAGGUUGGAAGGGUUAAAUGCUACAAGUAUUGGCCAGAUGAUGCUGAAGUAUAUGGAGACUUCAAGGUGACUUUUGUGGAGGUUGAACCUCUCGCUGAAUAUGUGGUUCGCACAUUUACUCUGGAAAGGCGUGGCUUCAAUGAGGUGCGAGAAGUGAAGCAGUUCCACUUCACAGGCUGGCCUGAUCACGGAGUUCCAUAUCAUGCUACUGGACUCCUGUCCUUCAUCCGCAGAGUUAAAAUCUCCAAUCCACCUUCAGCUGGGCCAAUUGUGGUUCAUUGCAGUGCUGGGGCCGGGCGCACAGGCUGUUUCAUAGUAAUUGACAUCAUGUUGGAUAUGGCAGAGAGAGAAGGAGUGGUCGACAUUUACAACUGCGUGAAGGCCCUUCGCUCAAGGAGGAUCAACAUGGUACAGACUGAGGAGCAGUACAUAUUCAUCCAUGAUGCCAUAUUAGAGGCUUGCCUAUGUGGAGAAACAGCCAUACCCGUCUGUGAGUUUAAAGCCGCUUUUUAUGAGCUGAUCCGCAUUGAUUCCCAGACCAAUUCAUCACAUCUAAAGGACGAGUUUCAGACGCUAAACUCAGUGACUCCCCAGCCUCAGCCAGAGGACUGCAGCAUUGCACUGUUGCCCAGAAACCAAGAUAAGAACCGUUUUAUGGAUGGCCUUCCUCCAGACAGAUGCCUCCCCUUCCUCAUUACAAUAGAUGGAGAAAGCAGUAAUUACAUCAAUGCUGCUUUAAUGGAUAGCUACAGACAGCCUGCUGCGUUCAUUGUUACCCAGCAUCCAUUACCCAACACUGUCAAAGAUUUCUGGCGUCUGGUGUACGACUACGGAUGUACCAGUCUGGUGAUGCUGAACGAGAUUGACCUGGCUCAGGGUUGUCCUCAGUAUUGGCCAGAGGAAGGUAUGCUUCGCUAUGGUCCAGUCCAGGUGGAAUGUAUGUCUUGCUCAAUGGACUGUGAUGUCAUCAGCCGUCUCUUCAGAGUCUGCAACCUCACACGGCCUCAGGAAGGCUACCUGAUGGUUCGACAGUUCCAGUACCUGGGAUGGGCGGGGCAUAGAGAAGUCCCUGCCUCCAAACGCUCCUUCCUCAAGCUGAUCCUUCAGGUGGACCAGUGGCAGCGUGAAGGAGAGGAGGGAGAAGGAAGAACAAUUGUUCACUGCCUAAAUGGAGGCGGCCGAAGUGGAGUGUUCUGUGCCAGCAGCAUUGUGUGUGAGAUGGCCAAGAGACAGAGCGUGGUGGACGUCUUCCACGCUGUGAAGACGCUGAGAAACAGCAAGCCCAACAUGGUGGAUACUCCGGAACAGUAUCGGUUCUGCUACGACCUGGCACUUGAGUUCAUCGAAUCGUCCUAAGCAGAUUUUUAAAAAAUCGGAGAGGGAGGUAAAGAAGAGCCGGUGAACAUAUGUUUACCAUUCAUGUGUUUGAUCCUUUGCUUUAGCUUGGUCCUAACUCCCCUCUGCGGUGGCUGUUCUGUAGCAUCUAUUUUGUGUCCAAACAAAUGGCGCUGGCAAAAUCGGCUCCUUGUACAGUGUUGUUUAGCAAAGGCAAAUGUUUAGGCUUCUAAGAGGAAGUGUGCUGGAGGGGACUGUGCCAGAGGAGAUAAUAUUACUCCUUUUACUCCUGUUAUGCUUAUUGUACAGCUUUUUGAGUGCCAGUGGCCCCCUGUAUGUUUUGGGCCUAGAUUUAAAUGGAAGCCUCUCCCAUGGACUCUAUGCUUUGUGCUGUCUCAGCUGCAGUACUCAAUGUGCACUCUAGAUGUCUCCCUUCCCUUUGACCUGCAAGUCAAGUUUUUAGUGUGCCACAUUCCUGCACUCAUGCUGUUUUCUGAGUACCCUAACAGUUUGGGGCAUCUCAUCAUGGUGAUGUUUGAAUAUCUGCUGCCAGUACUUUUGCAGAAGAACAAAAAAAAAAUGAACUCUGAAUUUCAAAAACAUCAU